GGCGGAGCAAGCUCUACAGCACAAGUUUAUGGUAGGAACCGAGGAAAGUCAAGCGUAGGAAGUUACCCGGCCCUUGAGGACAACGUGAUAAAGAGCAGGUGUGUUUGAAGAUAGGCCACCUUUAGCCUUUGGACGAUCGAAGGAAAGGGGUCGGCAUUGUGCUGCAGGCAUUCAAAGCAGUUUCUUUGUGUUUAUGGCCUCCAUUGAGUCCCAUGAGCCUUGGAAACCCUCCAGAACGCUGCGACGAGGUCUCAGAAUCGAAGAACAAAGGCUUCAGACUCUGGCACGAGGUAUUAAUGUCUGCGGUCCUGCGCGUCCUUGUCACCAAACCGCGUCAAUUUCAACGUUUCCUAUCUCGCAAUCCCUAAUUUGUUCAGCCACUACCAGUCUCGCCCGCGGUUCAGUUGUUGAAAAAAGCUGCCAAACAAUGGCCCUCCCUGGCGAAAAAAGAUCGAAAGAUCGCGCGCCCUCUGGCCCGAAGAAAGUAAAAAACCGUAACGGCCCGAACAUUGACACUCAAAACGCACCGGACACGUCGCUUCUCGGGAGCCAACCGGAGGGUUCAAAACGACAAGAGCGGUCAAAAAAGAAGGGCAGAGCCAUCUCAGAUUAUCCUAGAAGGUUAGCAGGAGGCAAAAAACUUCACCAUUGUGGCAAGAGAAAGCACAGAAGCGACAAGGAUUGUGCCGAAGCCGGUUGUCUUAAAGAAUGUUCUGGAUGCGGCUUCCAUCGCUCUACGUAUAAUGGAUCAAUUUGCUGGGUUUGUAGGAAAACCGAGAUCCGUUUGGCACAGAUAGCAGCGAGGCAAGCGGGUGGCAUCGCAAACAGGGCGUUGUUUACCCAGCAACGGCCUUCUCGGGUCACCAAAAGCGUCACGCGGCGCCGUAUGGAAUCCCUCAGACUUUACGAUCAGGUCGUGUGGGCCAAUCGGCGCCGGAAGGUCAUCUCGGCGAAGACACUCGAGGACGUCCCGGAAACCACCGACGCUGACACGGUUAUGGACGUCUGCUCUACCCCCAAUGUAGCCGAGUCAGACACGUACAUGGGCGAUAUCGAUGACGAGACCGAUGACGAGCCCAGAUUUGCCUCUGUCGACACUGGCUUGGAUGUCAAGGGUGAAUUGAGAUUCAACCCAGCAAACACGGGCCUUAUGUGUAACGAGGACCAGCGCACCCAACGUGUCCGGGAUGCCGAGGAGAUUCUCAAGCUUGUUCGUGAAGGUCUCGAUAGGCUGAUCUGAGUGCAUGGAGGGUUCUCUGGUUGGUCUCAUGGUUCCACGCGGGUUCACGGAUUGGUAGAAGUUUUGCAAUUUGAACGUUUCUGCUUUUUAUCUAUCCACUGCCAACCAUUCGGCUUUUUACUUACUGCUCCAC